AUGGACACAGAGCAGACACAGAACGAUGCGCCUGGCGAGCAGCGGCAGGUCAGCGACUUAAGUAUGAAGGAAGCAUAUUUCGCCAGCCUCUCGCAGUGGGCGGAGCAGGUCAAGGCCAUGCAGCUGAUGACCAACUAUAUGCUAUUCCAAUACAACGUCAACUUCGUCAGGAACAACAACUACAUCAAUCAGAUAGAGAUGCAGAUGCAGGUGCAGAAUAGAGCGCUGUAUCAGCCAAUUCAUCCGCGGCGACGUCGACGCUUCAAUCCUGUCCACGUCCUGGACGACGCACAUCAGCGAGAGAUCAUCCGGCGAUAUGGCGGCACACAAAUGCUGAUCGCUCCGUUCUGGAAGCGAGCUAUGGCCGAGAUUGUGGACUCGCUGAUCCUGUCGAUUAUCAAAAUACUGCUGGCCUGUGCCGUCGCGUACAUGUUCGGCGUCGACCUGGAGAGCAGCCUGCUGAGCAGGACCUUCAAGGACGAGAACCCCUUCGUAGCCCUCUUCGAUCUGUCCCUGGAGGUUUUCUCGCUCUCCUACGAUCUGCUGCUCAUCAUUGGGCUGAUCAAGCUGGUUGUCUGCUUCUACGAGUGCCUGUGGACGGUGUACGGCAACGGCGCCACGCCGGGCAAGUGGCUAAUGAAGAUCCGAGUGGUCUAUGUGGAGGCAGUGGUGCCACUGCAGCGCCACGUCCCAGCUCAUUUCAUAUUCCAGACCCAGCCCCAUCCGCAGUGGGCCUUGCUCUACCCGGGCGAGACGCCCGGCCUCAUGAGGUCCCUGCUGCGCGCCUUCACCAAGAACAUGGUCAUGACCUUCUUCUUCCCCGUCUGCAUCAUCAUGGUUCUGCUCAAGAACAAUCGCACCACCUACGACAUUGUGACGAAAACAGUUGUUGUCGAAUCGAAUCCAAGCGAACCUCAGCUACGUCACCAUUAG